AUGGAAAAUCGCCACCCCGCCGCUAGACGAAGCUUGAAACGCAAGCUCGAACAGCAAAACGACUCAAUGGAAGACCAAACAGAUCGCAAGGUACUGCACCAAGAUUUCUCUGCUAAGAUUCUUCAACAAGUUUCUCUCCUCAAUUCCACUUCCUCACACUCAAAUCGCGCCGCCGUUAAGUCUGCCGUCCACGUCCUUUCCGAACUCGCCAAUGACGAGGAUCUUGUGGAUACCAUAGUGAAUGGCGGUGCUGUUCCUGCUCUGGUUAAGCAUCUAGACGCGCCAUGCUCCGUGAAAGAUGACAGCGACGGUGUCGUUGAGCCUUACCAGCACGAGGUGGAGAAAGAAUGUGCCCUCGUCCUAGGGCUUAUUGCUGUUAAACCAGAGUAUCAGGAAUUCAUUGUUGAUGCUGGAGCCUUGCCCUCUCUUGUAAAUUUAUUGAAGAGGCACAAGACAAGCGCCAUUUCUCAAUCACUUAUUGGUCUUCUAUGGAGAGUAGCGGAUGCAAUAACCAACCUUGCCCAUGAAAAUACCAGCGUUAAGACCCUUGUCAGGAUGGAAGGUGGAAUCCCCCCUCUUGUUGAAUUGCUUGAAUUCAAUGACAUAAAGGUACAGAGGGCAGCUGCGGCGGCCUUGCGAACUCUUGCAUUUAAAAACGAUGACAAUAAAAUUCAGAUAGUUGAAUGCGACGCAUUACCCACUCUUGUACUAAUGCUUCGAUCAGAUGAUCCCUCAAUACAUUAUGAGGCGGUUGGUGUGAUUGGAAAUCUGGUUCACUCUUCACCAAAUAUUAAGAAAGACGUUCUUCUGGCUGGGGCUUUGCAGCCUGUCAUUUGGUUGCUUAGGUCCCCCUGUUUGGAGAGUCAAAGAGAAGCAGCUCUUUUACUUGGUCAAUUUGCCGCAACAGAUUCAGAUUGCAAGGUUCACAUUGCCCAGAGAGGGUCUAUUCAACCAUUAGUUGACAUGCUCAAGUCUUCAGAUGUACAGCUUCGGGAAAUGUCAGUUUUUGCACUUGGAAGAUUGGCACAGGACUCACAUAAUCAAGCUGGCAUUGCCCACAACGGAGGUAUAGAGCCUCUGCUCAAUCUUCUUGACUCGAAGGAUGGGUCUCUUCAACAUAAUGCUGCUUUUGCUCUCUAUGGUCUUGCUGAUAAUGAGGACAAUGUGGCAGAUAUUAUUAAGGCUGGUGGUUUUCAAAAACUGCAGGAUGGGCAUUUCAAAGUUCAACCUACUAAAGAGUGUGUAGCAAAGACAUUAAAAAGAUUAGAGGAGAAGAUUCAUGGGCGAGUACUGAAACACCUGAUAUAUCUUAUGCGCUUUGCCGAAAAAGGUGUUAAAACACGUGUAGCUAUUGCUCUUGCUCAUUUAUGUUCUCCUCACGAUCGAAAAACUAUAUUCAUUGACAAUAACGGAUUAGAAUUGCUGCUGCAACUUCUUGAAUCUUCAAACGUAAAGCAGAAGGGUGAUGCUUCCGCAGCGCUUCACAUAUUGGCUACCAAAUCCAGAUCUGUCUCUGUUGACGCUGCUCCUACAUCCCCUACUCCCCAGAUGUACCUGGGCGAGGAAUAUAUAAACAAUCCUAAUCUUUCUGAUGUCACAUUCCUAGUUGAAGGUAGAAGUUUUUAUGCUCACAGAGAUUGUUUACUUUCUUCUGAUAUAUUUCGCGCAAUGUUUGACGGUGGUUACAGGGAAACGGAAGCCAAGCAUAUAGAGAUUCCAAAUAUUACAUGGGAAGUCUUUGAGUUGAUGAUGAGGUAUAUAUACUGUGGAACAGUAGACGUCAACUUGGAUAUUGCGCAGGAUCUUCUCAAAGCUGCUGAUCAGUAUCUUCUAGACGACCUUAAGCGUAUUUGUGAAUAUGCUAUUUCUCAGGAUAUUUCUGUGGAAAAUGUAUCACUAAUGUACGAGAUGUCGGAGGCUUUCAAUGCUACUACAUUAAAACAUUCAUGCAUACUGUUUAUGUUGGGGCAAUUUGAUAACCUAGUCGCCAAACCAUGGUAUUGUCGCCUGGUUCGUUGCAUUUUACCAGACAUACGUGAAUUCUUCUCAACUUUACUCGUCAACGCUGAUUCUGAUUCUGAUUCAGCUGACUCUUGA